GUGUCCAGGGUUCCUAGACCCUCAGGCUAGGGGAGGGGAGGGGAGGGGAGGCAGAGGAGGUGGUCUACGUGAGACACAAACCCCACUUGUACUCUUAGGUGCUCAGGAUGGCCGCAGCCCUGGAGAAACUCUGGAAUAAAUACUUGUGGGCCUUAGAGAACGGAGACCCGAGGACGGAUUCCUGGUUCCUGGUGCGCUCGCCGCUGGUGGUCACCCUCCUGCUGGCCGUCUACCUCCUCCUGGUGGUGGCAGGGCCUCGCCUUAUGUCCAAUCGGGAGGCUCUGAGUCUGGCAGGACCCCUCGCCGCCUACAACCUGGGCCUGGUGGUUCUCUCGGGGUACAUGUUCUAUGAGUUCAUGGCCACUUCGCUCCUGGCUAGCUACAGCUACCUCUGCCAGCCAGUAGACUACAGCCGCAGCGAGCUUGGGAUGAGGAUGGCGAGCGUGUGCUGGUGGUGCUUCUUCUCAAAGGCCGUUGAAUUACUUGACACGGUCUUCUUUAUAUUACGAAAGAGGCCUGAGCAGGUCACCUUCCUGCACGUCUACCACCACAGCACCAUGCUCUUCAACUGGUGGGCUGGGGUCAAAUACGUACCGGGGGGUCAAGCCUUCUUCGUCGGGAUGCUGAACUCUCUGGUCCAUGUCUUCAUGUACCUGUACUAUGGACUGGCCAGUCUGGGGCCCUGCCUGCGGCCCUCCCUGUGGUGGAAGCGGCACCUUACCAUCCUGCAGCUGGGUCAGUUUGUGGCCAUUGCCGCCCACUCCUCCUACAAUCUCUUUGCGGAGUGCCCCUUCCCCGACGGCUUCAACGUGGCUGUCCUCCUGUACUCCCUCAGCCUCCUGGCCCUUUUCCUCAACUUCUACCAGCAGACAUACCUGAGGAGCAAGCAGAAGAGACUGGCUUAAAGGGCAGGACCACGGAUGGAAACUAACAAAGCUGUGCCCACAGAGAGCUCACAUCCCACCUGGGCUGAGCAGAUUCCUCCGGCCCGAGUCUCAUGCUAUGAGCAAGGACAAGACGCGCCUCUAUUCCAGAGUGAACAGACAGAAGUGGACUCAGCUUCUUGAACCCACUUCUCAUGUGGAUUCGCCACUGUUUGUACACCUCCUUUCAGAUACACAAUAGAAAGGGUGUGUGUGUGUGGGGGGGGUGGCGCUCAGUUGUGUCUGAUUCUUUUGCAACGCCAUGGA